AUGAGCCACCACUUUCGCAUUGAGCGCUUACCGUCCGGUAUGCAUUUCCCAGGGCCUCCCCGAAAGCUGAUUUACCAGCCAGAGCUCGGCAAGAAAAGAGAGAUCCCACCAAGAGACUCUCAAGUCCCUAGUGAAUACGACGGUUUUCCCUUUCCAAAGUUCCCUUUCGCGAAUUUCGCGGCACACAAGGUGACUAGCUCGAAAUCGCCAGCGCCGGCAUGGUCCAAGCUGGACGAACCGCCAACUCUAUGCCUGCCUCUUCUGCAGGUGUCCGUCGAGGUUUUGGUAGACGGUACCAUUGCACAUACGAUCUUGACUCAGAGCUUCAAUAACGCGUCAAACGAGAGCAUACCAAAGGUUCAAUAUACGUUUCCGCUCUAUGACGGCGCUGUGGUAACAUCGUUCCGCUGCAGCAUUGAAGGUCGAAUACUCGUGGGCGAGGUUAAACCAAAGGAACAAGCCAGAGGAGAGUUCGAGAAGGCUGUCAAGAUGAAGCAUGCUGCGGCCCUCCUCGAAGAACAUACGCCUGAGAUCUUUGAGACCACUGUCGGCAACGUCCCGCCCAGUGCUAUAGUCAAAGUCGAAAUCGCGUACGUGAGUGAACUGAGAGUCGCCCUUCGAGAUGACACGAAGGAGGGGCUUGAUGUGGUCAUUCCAAUGUCCAUUGCGCCACGAUAUGGUACCGCGGCGGGAACAUACAGCACACAUCAUAAUUUUGAAGAUGAUGGACUCGAUAUUGUCAUCAAAGUGAAGGACAGCGGUACCAUUCAGGACAUAAAGUCCCCAACCCACAGGGGGAGGGUCAAAGUUCGGAAGAACGUUGUGCCCAAAUCAACUGAAGUUCAGAGUUUCGAUCAACUGGGCACAAAAAGCACCACGACCCAGAUGGUGGCAACUUUUGAGUCGCACAGUUCAAUAAUGGACGAGGACUUCGUCCUAGCCAUCGAAAUGCCGCCUUCACAUCCACUUCGGUCCCGUGCCGUACUGUCUCCAUCCAAUCAGGCGGGUCAUGCUGCGUUGAUGGUCAAUGUCAAGCCCAAUGAAGUCUUCAAUGGCGAUUUCCAAGCACAAAACUUCGACGGCGAGGUUAUCUUCGUUCUGGAUCGGUCUGAGUCCAUGGGCUGGUCCACUAACAAGACAGGCGGUUAUCAGAGUGACACGACAAAAAUCGGCACCCUCCGUCAAGCCAUGCCACUCUCCUUGGUCAGCCUGCCAGUCAAAUGUGCAUUCAACAUUGUGUCAUUUGGAACCCACUCCCAGUUCUUGUGGGACAAGUCCAAGCCGUACUCUGAGGCCAACCGGGACUAUGCAAUGAAAUAUGUGCGGACGGUCAAGGCGGACAUGGGCGGCACCGAAAUGAUGUUUGCAAUUCAGCAGGCUGUCGAAUCACGAUCAACAGACAGAUGUACUACACAAAUUAUUAUCAUCACGGACGGUGAGCUGGAUCCAGAAAAGGUCAUCGAUUAUGUGCGCAAAACCCGCCGGGAGUUGCAAAGCAAGAUACGCUUCUUUGCCCUAGGGAUAGGCGACCAAGUCUCGCACCGACUAAUUGAGAGCAUCGGAGAGUUUGGCGGCGGAUACGGCGAGGUCAUCAACCUCCGGGCGAACCGCAGAUGGGACGUCAGUCUCAGUCGCAUGCUGAAGGCCGGACUUACGCCCGACAGCUGGACGUUGGAAAUCAGUCUUGGUGCUGGCUUUCAAAGAAGAAGCUUGGUGAAUUACCAGUUAGGAGAGCGCCCUCAGGAGAAGCUGCUGGUUCCGUACAUCCAGGCGCCCUAUCCAAGUCCUUCUCUCCAUCCUUUCACAUAUCAUUCCAUAUUUUUUCUGCUUGAUAUCGGCAUGCAACCACCUCCCGCGGAGGUGAUACUCAGACCUACAAACGCAGGCACCAAACCGGAGGCGGAACACUUCAUUACAGUAGAACAAACGUGGACAAACAAGUCCACAAUUCAUCAUCUCGCGGUCAAGGCGGCGCUGGUGGAGCUCGAAGCGGAAAUCAACCGAGAGGCUCCUGAGGAGUCCCAGAGUUAUAUCGGAGGCUCCAAUGCCGAAAAACUGGGCGCGACAUAUUCCAUUGUCAGCAAAUGGACAAGCUUCGUCGCAGUAGACCAGGAGAACAAGGACUUCCACGAAAUAGACAUGUCGAAGGCUGAGAUGAUCGAUAUUGACAUCGAAGAUCUGGAAUCUAAUAGCGAAGACAUGGGAUCUGAUUUGGCGAUGAUAGGAUCGAGCGACGAAGAUUCAAGCUGUGAAUAUGCAUUCGGCCCAGGGGCACCUCCUCGAUCCAGAGCGAAACCUCCUAUUCACAUACUGCCCAACACAGCGGACGGCAGGAAGCCUCGAGCGGAUCGAUCGAUCGGCUCCUCUUCUUUUCCCGUACUCCACAGGGACGGUCUUUCGACAGAUGGUAGUUUUAGAACAUCACCUCCAAAGAGAGGGACCACUGUCAAUUUUGCCAAGAAUGUUAAUUCGUGGAGAGGUGUCAAAGACGUCUUCAAGAGGACGUUGAAACCAGCCAAGCUCUUCCAACGGCGCCGUAGUAAAACGGGAGACAACGAGAUGUACGAUGACUAUGAAGCGGAGAGUGAUUAUGAAGAGGAGGGUGGUUAUGAAGGGGGGAUUGAUUAUCAAGAAGGGGGUGGUUCUCAAAAGGGGGGUGACUGUGAAGAAGGGUGUGAGGCUGGUGCUGAGAUCGGUGCUUAUGAACCUUGCCGUUAUUCUAGUGAGGAUAAUCUUGAGGAACCAGAGGCCAGCCGCGAUGUUUCGGACGAUUCAAUCACGCUGAUGGAUGCCGUGGACGUCCAAGACCGUGAUGGCAUAUUCCAUCUGCCUAGAUCCUUACGGGAGACGCUGCAAAGGCAUUUCUGCCCCGGCACGUCAACAUCCCUCGUGGCCACCCUGGCGCAGAUCUCGACCGUACCACCACUUUCCAACCGGAAACGGAGGACGCUGGCGGACACGCUGAUGAUGAUCCAGUACUUCAAGGUCCACGCAGCCCAGGAAAGAGAUCUCUGGGAGCUGAUGAUGGACAAGGCCGAGUACGCGGUGCGGCAGGCUCUGCAGUUGUCGGGCGAAGAUGAGGAGGAAGAAGCAAUAUUUGCUUCUCUGGGACGGAUCACCGACGGUGCCAGCAAACACAUGCACUUCCUGACCACGAUUGAUCCAUCUGAAGAGAGGUCCGUCGGCUCUUUCCCGCCAUCUCGGACAAUUGAGGUGUGCCCCAGUUGUGGGACCAACUCCGAGGUCGAGGACCUUGUGCAGCGUGGAAAACGACGGGACGGUUCGCGACACCAAGUUCGGCACCAAGUUGGUUCCGAACCACCCAGGGCUAAUUACAGGUAUGCAACACUUCCAGGAUCUGUUAGCAGCCAUCAAACACCGCAACUUGGCACUCCUCCGCCUGUCACUCUCAGCAUAAGGACAGCAACCACCGCAAAGCGACCUAGGUCGCGACGAGAACCCUCGCACAAGCCGCAGGCUGUAUCAUCUUCGAGAACGAGUUUCAUCCUUCCCCUGCCUCGCCAAAUUUCGGUAGAGACGAGAGAAACAGAGUUCCCAUCGAGAGGUCCCAGAAAGAGCGAGAAACAGGCCAAAUUCAGAGAAUGA